GAAUAUGGAUCAAUUCAAUUAUAUUUUGGUUGAUAUUGUGUCCAUAAAGUUUCAUGUUUAAAAAUCAUAUUCUUGCUAGAAACAACUACUGUGAAUCAGUAAUAUACAGAUUAAAUAUUAAUGCAGCUAAUCGUUUUGUAGUUUCAAGUGCGUAGAAACAGUAUUUGGAAAUUACGGUCAUGAAGCCGAGUCCGAAAAAAUCGUUCUCGUCGAAACUGAAACAUCGUUCAAAAAGUAAUAAUGCAGGCGGAACUUCUAUCGCAACGGCAUCAGCGGUGACGGCAGCUGCCAACGCUAUUUCUACCAACACAGCAACCUCCAACAAUGUGGCAAAUAAUACAUCCGGCCAUUCCCACUCUCACAAUAACCAUAGUACCCCAUUAAUGCGUACCGGUGGGAGCGAUACAAACUCAUCGGGAAAUGAUGGGAAUAUUCCUACUACUGCAAAGGACAAAGUGUCCUAUCAAUCGUACGCUGGAUUAAGCUCUCGUUCAGUGCGAACGAUUUGGGAACAGCAUGACAAACAGGAAACCGAAGUAUCGUCUGAAGUGUACAGUAAACUAGCAGAGGAUACAACCUAUAAGCUAUGGGAAUUGGCGAAUAAUAUCAAGACAUACAGUCGUCAUUCGAGCGGUAAAGUUACAUACGCACUUGUCAAUGAGGUACUUAAAGAUUGCGACAUUCCUCCCAUCAUUGGAGCGAACAAUGAACCGUGGGAUAAAAUCGAAUACGAUGGGGUGUAUUUUUUUAAUUCGGAUGAAGUGUUGGACCUUCGAGAAGAAUACAUUAAAGAUGUAACGAUGGAGCAAAGUAAUAUACCAGUACUAACAACUUCAUGGAUGGCAGAGUCGGCGAUCGCCGAGGAUUUAAUCGAACUGUACAACAACGUGUGUGAUGCUGUUUAUAUAGGCGACGAGGAGUGUUUCGAAGAAGCAGUCGGAAUUUUGACAACUAAUCCGCAUGUUCCCUCGUUGAUGAAAUUGUUACUAACUAAAGCCAUUGAAAUGCUUGGAUUCGAAUACACGGAGAACACUUUGAUACGUUCAUUGCAGUUUUUGGAGGCAGUUGUGAUGAACGACCAUGUGUCCCAUUCAGAUUUAACACUGGAACUCAGUUUGUUGAGUCAAAUUUUUGUAAGUUUGUUAUUGGGAGCCCCCAACACAGGGGAUCAAGCCAGGUUCAUACCAGCACAACAACUCAGUUUGGAGUUGCAAUCACAAAACCAGCAGCUUCAGCCUCUUUCGAUGGCUCCAAAUGGUACUGACACUUCUUUAGGAUCAGUCCCGACAGCCGAAACCAACAUGGAUCAUAUCCAGUCCGGCUUCAAUCAAUCAUCCUUGAUUUCGAUGAAUGUUCUUAACAACAACUUAACCGGUCCAUCGGAAGAUUCUAACAAUUCUAACUCGAAUGCUACCGAGGAGCUUCUUCGCAGUAUCGAGCACAUAAAGGAAGGCCCAGAUGGAAUCGAUAUUAAUAACAUUAAGGAUGAGUAUGAGGCCUUGUUUUCGAUGGUUCAGGGUCUGGGGAAGCAGGAAACAGGCGAUGACCAGGAAAAUGUUUCCGAAAAUGAUGGUUUUCAAAUUAAAACCGAAUUCGGUAGCGAAUUCGAUACGUCGUCUCACAAUUUCAUGAUUCAGCAAAGCGCACCGGUUGCAGAAGAUGCAGCUAAUUAUGAGAUUAAACAGGAACAUGAUACUAAACUAAAACUCGAGGAUCCGGAAGAAGAUGUCAGUCUUCAGAUGUCGGAAAGUACUGGUGGCGAGGUGAUAAACCCUAACUCUACUACUUUGGAAAGUGAGAACAUAGUUACGCUAAUGUGUAGUGAUCAUCUGGUAGAUCAUGUGUGUCGGGUCAUUGGUCUGUGUUCCAGCAAGUGGGGUUUUGUAGAGCAAGAGUGCACGUUUCUGCUAGUCGAUCGACUCCAACGAUAUUUUGAUGACAAGAAACAUUCGACCUUGGAUUACAUCUGGUUUUCUCGGAUGUUACGAGGUUUAUGGUCUUUGGGAGAGUUCGCCUUCCGGGAAUUGAGCCCUUACUUUGAGCAAAUUGAUCCGGAUAGUGUCGUGGAAUUAGUAAAUUGCCAUAUAAAUAAUGCCGGCAUAUUCCUUCGUGGACCAGGUGACAUAUUCUUUUACGAAUAUCUGAGUGAGCUGUGUGGAGAUGGUCUGCUGCCUUUCACAUUUCACUAUGAACACUGUAUCGAAGAAAGACAUCAAUUUCUUCAUCGUGUAGGCCGAGCUGCAAACACUAGCAAGCAUCGUUACAAAAUUCAUCCCAAGAUUCUACUUAAAACACAUCGAAAGUCUUCCUCUCUAAAACCUCCACCGACGGUUAACGACCUGUUUCCUGAGAGGUCGGAAAGACAAUUAGAAAGUAUAGCAACCAGCACUCAACAAGUUCCAUCGGCGAGGUUUAGUUUUCGCGUUGCGGGCUGUCGACCGGUUGCUCUCAAAUCCAGUAGACAUCGACUAUUUCGAUGCGGUCGGUCAUCGUUAAUCGUUACUGGGAACACUGGAGGGCAGGAUAAUCAAGACUUCAAUUCGCCACCACCAGUAAGUCAAAAUGAUGCUAUGUUACGAAGUUUUCAAGCAAAGGUUGUUAUCGUUCGGAGAAAGUUAUUACCCCCUGAUACAAAUCAUUACCACCCACAACGUAUUUAUUGCUACGGUUCAACGGUUCUAUAAUUAGAAUUUUCACACAUAUACAAAACGUGUAUGCACUUACUUUUUGAAUCAUCCGAACAACCCAGAGUUAAGUACUGAACUACUAUAAAUUAAUCUGA